UCCCUAGGCAGAAACCCAGUGUCUUGGACUGGCUAGAAUGGAGCUGCUUCUCCUCCUGGGACUCCAGCUAUUGCUAUAGGAUGAGUCACCUCUUUAAAGAAAGCCUCGACCCCACAUUUUGCUAUAUUCCCUGAACUAUAAGUAGGGCCAGGCAGACAGGGAGCAUUUCCUCCCGAAUCAGAGGCUAUCUGGUGUGAGUUUCCUUCCAGCUAUUCUAGCCCUUGCAAAGCAAUGGAGGACGCUGGAGCAGCAAACCUAGAGGAUACACAUAGUGAAUGAGAAACAGCACAAAUAUUCCUGGUUUCUCCUUCUGGAUUUGUGAUGUCCGAGUUCUGCUGAUACUGGACACAUUCAGGAAAAUGGAACUGAAAGGAAUCUGUCUUCUAGCCUCCUUCUUGCACCUGACAGGAGCAAUUCUGGAUAUAACCUUGAUAGCCAAUGUCCUGAGCCCCUCACAUACCAGUUUCUACCUCUCCUGUGUGACCAGUGAGCAGAAUGCAAGCCUCCUUCUUGAGAGAGACAAUAGAAUUGUCAUGACCCCACCUAAGUCCAGGUUCCAGAUCUACAAGAAUAGCAGCAAUGAGGUGCAGAUGCGUGGCUUCUCCCGUGCGGACCUAGUGGGCAUCACGUACUGUUUGGGACAGACCCAGACAGAACAAACUAGGGUAGUUUAUGUGCACAACAACAUGAACGCCAACCUAGUCCCAGAAAAGGCAACACAGACAGUCAGCCUCUUCCAGUCAGCUGAGCUUGUUGCCAAGAUAAAGCAUGAAAAGAACACCGAUAUUUUGUGGAAAAGGAAUGGCUCCUUCUAUCAGACCACAGACAAGGGUGAGGUGAAGGGGAACCAAUUCACUCUGUCCCUGCCAUCGGUGAGAGUAGCUGAUGGUGGGGUUUAUAGCGCCUCAUUUAUGGGGGACAGCCCCUUGUCAAGUGCUUCCUACAGGCUAAUUGUGCGAGGUUGUGCUGCAAAGAAAUGGGGUGUCCUUUGUGACAAGGACUGUUCUGACUGCCUGAAUGGAGGCAUAUGCCACCAUGUUGUGGGAGAAUGCAUCUGCCCACCAGGUUUCAUGGGUACCCGCUGUGAAAAAGCUUGUAGGGAAGGCAGGUUUGGGCGGAACUGCCAGAAACAAUGUCCAGGUGAGCAGGGCUGCAGAGGGCUGGCCUUCUGCCUGCCUGACCCAUAUGGCUGUUCCUGUGCAGCUGGAUGGAGUGGUCCCCAGUGUGGUUCAGCUUGUAACCAUAGGACAUUUGGCCCUGACUGUGCCCUGGAGUGCCACUGCCAAAAUGGAGGUACUUGUAACCGGUUCAGUGGGUGUAUUUGCCCAUCUGGUUGGCAUGGACAACGUUGUGAAAAGUCAGACCGGAUCCCCCAGAUCAUCAACUUGGUCUCAUACCUGGAGUUUAAUCAAGACUCUCAACCUGUAGUUAGCUGUGUGGCAACAGGCAACCCGCUCCCUGUGCGUGACAGCAUUGAACUGCGCAAGGCUGAUGGAACAGUGCUCAUGCCCAUCAAAGCUAUAAUGGAAAAGGACAUGACUACCUGUGAAUUUCGGGUGCCACCGCUUGUUCUCUCUGACACUAACUUCUGGGAGUGUCGUGUCUCUACCACAGGUGGGCAGGACAGUGGCAAGUUCAAGGUCACUGUGAAAGUGCCUCCUGUCCCACUCAGCCCUCCCAGGCUUCUAGCCAAGCAGAGUCGGCAGCUUGUGAUAUCCCCUGUGGAACAUUUCUCGGGUGAUGGACCUAUCAUCUCUAUCAAGGUUCUUUAUAGGUUAAAUGAUGACACAUCUCAUUGGUCAUCCAUUGUAGUUGACAGUAUCCAGAAUAUCACCCUGAUGAACCUCCGACCUGUCACUGCCUAUCUUGUUAAGGUUCAGCUAACACGCCCUGGGGAAAAAGGAGAAGGUGCCAUGGGACCUCAGGCUGUCAUGGUAACAGAGUGCCAAGAGCCAACAUCUAAACCUGUGAUUGAAAGUUCCUUUGUUGAAGGAAGAAAUACACUUUAUGUGAACUGGAAUUUACCCAAUAGUGACAAUGUGGCCACUGGAUUUUUGGUCCGGCUCUAUGAUUCAACUAAGAUGCUCAUACAUCAGGAAAACAUCUCUUCCAUCAUUGUACAAUCUGCCAGGAUUCCAAACUUGAAGUUCAACAAGGACUACAGCCUGGAGGUGCUAGCCUAUCACUGCACCAGACUGGGACCUCCCUCUGACCUGUACAAGAUCAAGAUCAAUAGCAAAGGCCCCUCAUCCCCGCGGUCUCUUUCAAUGGAGCCCCUCGCUGACAGCACCAUCCAGCUCACCUGGCAGCCCCCCGAGUACCCCAAUGGUGGCAUCAUCAAGUACACUGUGGAGGUGCAACAGCUGGGGGGUAACAGUGAGCCUCAGUGGAUGGACACAGACAAUGGCUGGGAGACUACAAAGAUCAUCACAAGGCUAAAUGCCAGCACAUCCUACCAGUUCCGGGUGCGAGCCAAUUCUCAUGUGCCAGGCGAGUGGAGCAAGCCUGUGAGAGCUGCAAUUCUAGGUGAUGGAGCCCUGAGCCAAGUGCCCACUUUGGAGAGCAAGAACUUGUCCCCAUCCAAUCUGGACCAGCAGUUACUGUUAGCCAUUGUGGGUUCUGUCUCUGUCACCUGCCUGACAAUACUCUUUGCCCUUCUUGCCCUUUUCCUCAUCAAGAAGAACUUCUUCCACCGACGUCGCACUUUCACCUACCAGUCAGGAUCUGGAGAAGAGACCAUUCUGCAGUUCAAUUCAGGCACACUGACCCUGACGCGUCGGCCAAAGCCACAGCCUGAGCCGCUUAGCUACCCUAUUCUGGAAUGGGAAGACAUUAAGUUUGAGGACAUGAUAGGGGAAGGGAACUUUGGACAAGUCAUCCGGGCCAUGAUCAAGAAAGAUGGACUCCGAAUGAAUGCAGCUAUCAAGAUGUUGAAGGAAUUUGCCUCUGAGAAUGACCACCGGGACUUUGCCGGAGAGCUAGAAGUCCUUUGCAAGCUGGGCAACCAUCCCAAUAUCAUAAAUUUGCUGGGGGCCUGUGAGAAUAAAGGUUACCUGUAUAUCGCUAUAGAAUAUGCACCCUAUGGGAACUUGCUGGAUUUUCUGCGCAAGAGCCGAGUCCUGGAGACAGAUCCUGCUUUUGCCAGGGAGCAUGGGACAGCAUCAACCCUCACAUCCCAGCAGCUCUUGCAGUUUGCAUCUGAUGUGGCCAAAGGCAUGCAGUAUUUGAGUGAGAAACAAUUUAUUCACAGAGACCUGGCUGCCAGGAACAUCCUGGUGGGAGAGAAUCUGACUUCCAAGAUUGCUGACUUUGGCUUGUCCCGGGGGGAGGAGGUCUAUGUGAAGAAGACAAUGGGCCGCUUGCCAGUUCGCUGGAUGGCCAUUGAGUCCUUGAAUUACAGUGUAUACACGACCAAGAGUGAUGUGUGGUCAUUUGGGGUCCUAUUGUGGGAAAUUGUCAGCCUGGGAGGGACACCAUACUGUGGGAUGACAUGUGCUGAGCUCUAUGAGAAGCUUCCGCAGGGAUACCGCAUGGAAAAGCCCCUCAACUGUGAUGAUGAAGUGUAUGAGCUAAUGCGGCAGUGCUGGCGGGACCGGCCCUAUGAACGCCCUCCCUUCUCCCAGAUCUCAGUGCAACUCAUCCGCAUGCUGGAAGCCAGGAAGGCCUAUGUGAACAUGGCCUUGUUUGAGAAUUUCACCUAUGCAGGGAUUGAUGUGACAGCUGAGGAGGCGUGAGGGGCCUGAGCACUAACUCCCCACUUGGGGCACAAACAGGAUAUAUAUAGAAGAGGAACCUCCUGCAUGCACAUCCCAAGACAUGCCUUCACUUUGCCAUACAGUUUAUGCUGGACACAAAGCAUAAAGAAACUUGGCUAGCAAAGGAACUCCUGCAUGGAUUCAGCCCUCUUGCCAAUUUCUUCGUUCCUGACCACAAGACAGCACACACUGCAAAUAAUGCCAGCAAGGCAACAGACUUAAAAAAUGUUGCCAAGGGCUGAUUUAUUCUACUUUUCCUCCAAGUGGACUCUUGAGUGGUGUACAUUUUUUAUCCUCUUCCCCAUUUUAUAGUCAAAAAAACUCUGUGGGGUACCUAAGUCUGAGAGCUGGUAAGUGGUCCGAAGUCACCUAGCCAUCCUUGGACAGAUGGUCACUCAAGUGAAUGAGGAUUUGAACCCAGGUCUCUCCAGUCCUGGUUCAAUACUCCCACUGCUAUACCUUUCCUUGAGAUUGUUUUCCACCAUUUUCUGUUUCUCUUGGGUAGUACCGCACAAUCUGGCCACGCAUAUCUCCCAUAGAGUUAUAAACUGUCACAUCCUUGAUUAAUCAGAGGAGCAAGUUUUCCUCCUCCACUUGUCCUUCAUUUUUUCUUUUUCAUGGCUCCCCCCUUCUUCUGCAUGUUCUUCUGCUGCAGGUCAAUGUGUGUGCUGACCCUAGAUAAGUCUGUUUUUUAAAAAAAAGUCUGGGGCAAGUAUAUUUACACAAAGAAGCAUUAUACUAGAACAUCCAUGCACAAAGCACUUCCAUGCUUUGCCAAAAAGCAAGUGCAUUUGUACAAACAUGGUGAGGGUUUCCACCCCACCCCACCCCCCAAGCAGGCAGAACCGUAUGGACAGAGAGUUGCCUUAAAUGCAAAGCUAGACACUCACAAUGGGUCUGGUGCAGCUCCCAUGUUGUGAGACCAGUUGCUUGCUGCAAACAACAAGUCUCUCUACUCACUGCAGAAUGAUGCUGAAUAAGCAGCAAUGUUCAGUGAAACAAAAAGGAGAUAUGAGGCAGAAACUAAUCAAGCACCAAAGGGAUGCAUGGAACAUUCCAUGGAAACUUGGGGAGAGCAUUAUGGCAAGCUGUGAAAGUAAGAAAGCCAAGGCCAUGGGGCCACUUGUCCUUCUACAACAGGAGCUUGCUAGCUAUACUGACUGGCUUUCAGGUGGAUAGCUGUGUUGGUCUGAAGCAGCAGAACAAAGUUUGAGUCCAGUGGCCCCUUUGAGACCAACAAAGUUUUAUUCUGGGUAUAAGCUUCCAUGUGCAUGAACACUUUGUUAGUCUUAAAGGUGCCUCUGGACUCAAACUUUGUGACUGGCUUUGUCCCUGAAUCUGGAGAAUGUUGUGGUAGAGAGUGGACAGGAACGGAAUGUAUUCCACAGAACAGAAUGUAUUCCACAGGUGUGAAGCAGACAGUAUAUAACUAUCAGUGCCUCAGUGCUAUCAGUUCUACAAUACCUCUGCCCCCAAGUUAUAAUUAAUAAAGAAUGUGUAAAGAAUUAGCCAGCUGCCAUUGAACAAUGUAGUAAUGACAGAUUGCCUUAACACUGGCAUGACCAAGAAGUUGUAUUGACUUUUGCACUUUAGGGCAUGCUGGCCUAUUCUUGACUGCAGCUAUUUCAGAGUGGGGAAAAAGGAACCUCAAACUAAAAAAUACCACAUUAUUAUGUCAAGAUGUGAGAGCAAGUACCCUACUAUGUUUACCAUUUAUUUAGACCAAACUAUUCCCAGGACUGUACAAAGGCACAGAAAUAUGGCUGUUUCCUAUCAGAUGCUGUAUAAUAUCCAGUCUACAAAUGUUGCCUCUUUGACUAGUAAAAAUAAGGGAUCCCUGAGUGUUUGUCACUAAGAAAAGCCUCAGUCUCCCAGGGCUACAGGCUUAAGCUCUAUAGCUAUAUGUAUAAGCUAUAUAGGCAAGACAGGGAGGGAUGGUGUUGCAUUGUGUAUCAAAGAAGGCAUAGAAUCAAGUAAAUUAGAAAACAUCAGGGGAAAAAACUCCCUAACAGAAUGAUAUGGAUGGAAAUAUUGGGCCCUAAGGAUUACUUAAAAGUGGGGUUGUACUGUCACUCACCUGAUCAAAUCCUUAAGGCUGACCUUGAGAUGAAGAAGGAAUUAAAUGAGGUGACUAAAGCA